AUGGAAGACAAUCUUGGUUUAGGCUUGUACAAAAAUAGAAUUUACCUACUUGCUAAAUGUUUGGAUGUAAUCUCGGAGGUGAUUUUGGUAGAAGUUAAAGGCAAAGAGUAUAAAGUGGGAGUAAAAGAGGCUGUAAAAUGGAAACCAUCUUUUGAAGUUGAAAACCCGAUUGUUAGUGAUAAUGAGGAACCGAUUGUUCAAGAACAUUUUCAGGUAGAAUCCGAAGGAAAUUUGCGUUCUUUAAAAGUUGAUGUUGAGGAGGAGGUCAAGAUGAGCCACAGGAACCAACUCGAAGUUUUGUGA